AUGAAGCGAACUAAAUUAGAAUUGUUCAUCUCUUUAAGACAAAUUCAGUUUCUGAUCGGUGUAGGGUUCUUGUAUAUGCUCGUCGUCAGUUUAGUAGUUCCAUUCCUAUUCAAAUCAAUCACUCAAGAAGACGAACAAGUUUCAAGAACUGGUUUCUUAUCAAACCACCUCUUCGCCCUCGACAGUGAAGAAGAAUUACAAGAAAAAGAAGCCCCAAUUCGCCCCAUACCCAAAACACUUCCCAACUCGAAAAAAUCCAAUUUGAAUUACGAUAUCAACAUUUCAUCAACUGAUGGAGUUGGGGCAAUCCAGAAGUCUGCCAUGGAAGCAUUUUCAGUAGGGAAGAAAUUCUGGGAAGAAAUUGAACUUGAAUUACCCUCGAAAAACAUGAGAAAUCAAACAAAAGAGAUAUGCCCUAGUUCGGUUACACUAUCAGGGUCUGUGUUUGAGAAAAGGGGAAGCAUUAUUGUGCUUCCAUGUGGGAUGACAUUGGGAUCACAUAUAACAGUUGUAGGGAGGCCUAGACAGGCUCAUCUUGAGCAAAACCCAAAGAUUUCUUUAUUGAAACCUGGUCAGAAGAAUUUGAUGGUUUCACAGUUCAUGAUGGAGUUGCAGGGUUUGAAGACGGUUGAUGGUGAAGACCCACCAAGGAUUUUGCAUUUUAAUCCUAGAUUGAAGGGGGAUUGGAGUGGGAAACCAAUGAUUGAACAGAAUACAUGUUACAGAAUGCAAUGGGGAUUGGCUCAACGAUGUGAAGGAUGGAAAUCUAGAGCUGAUGAAGAGACGGUUGACGGGCAGGUGAAAUGCGAGAAGUGGAUACGUGAUGAUGAUAAUAGCUCCGAGGAAACAAAGACAAGCUGGUGGUUGAACAGGAUGAUCGGGCGAACUAAGAAGGUGGCUUUCGAUUGGCCAUUUCCGUUUGCCGAAGGGAAACUAUUUGUUCUAACUCUUAGCGCAGGCUUGGAGGGUUAUCAUGUCAAUGUUGAUGGUCGACACAUAACUUCAUUUCCCUAUCGAACUGGAUUUGCAUUGGAGGAUGCCACGGGUUUGGCUUUUAAAGGAGACGUUGAUGUUAACGCCAUAUUUGCCGGUUCAUUACCCUCGACACACCCGAAUUUUGCUCCCCAAAGAACCCUAGAAAUGUCGAACAGAUGGAAAACCCGGCCUCUUCCAGAUACACCCAUCGAUUUGUUCAUUGGUGUUCUUUCAGCAGGAAACCAUUUUGCUGAACGGAUGGCCGUCAGGAAGUCGUGGAUGCAGUACGAUCUCAUCAAGUCUUCACGAGUUGUUGCUCGAUUUUUUGUAGCACUGCAUGCAAGAAAGGAAGUGAAUGCUGAAUUAAAGAAAGAAUCCGAUUUCUUUGGUGAUAUCGUGAUCGUGCCGUACAUGGAUAAUUACGAUCUCGUUGUUCUGAAAACAGUUGCAAUAUGUGAAUACGGGGUCCGUACGGCGUCCGCUAAGUAUAUCAUGAAGUGCGACGAUGACACGUUCGUUAGAGUCGAUGCGGUUCUUACCGCGGCAAACAAAAUUGACGAUCGCAAGAGCCUGUAUUUGGGAAACAUCAACUACUAUCACAAACCGUUGAGAUAUGGCAAAUGGGCUGUAACAUAUGAGGAAUGGCCAGAAGAAGAUUAUCCGCCAUAUGCAAAUGGUCCAGGCUACAUUCUGUCAUCGGAUAUAGCCAAAUUCAUUGCUCUGAAGUUUGAGAAACAUACAUUAAAGUUGUUCAAGAUGGAAGAUGUGAGUAUGGGAAUGUGGAUAGAGCAGUUCAACAAGACGAAACGUGUGGAAUAUGUGCAUAGUUUGAAGUUUUGCCAGUUUGGUUGCAUCCAAGAUUACUACACAGCACACUAUCAAUCACCCAGACAAAUGCUGUGUAUGUGGAACAAAUUACACCUUCAAGGCCGUAUCGAAUGUUGCAAUAUGAGAUAACACAAAACCCCCGUUUUCCCGCUCUAAA